CGACAUGGAACAAAGGUCAGGGUGAGCAGACUGAAUCACACUGACAGGUGACCUACAGUUCAGCUGAGUGGCGGCAGAAGUACAGGUGAGGAUAAUGGAAAGGUGCCGGCAAACUCCUCUACUACUGUUGCUGACUGCAGUAGCAGCUUUGAAUAUACAUGCUGCAGUUAUCAAGGAAGACAAACUGGUGAAGAAAUUGACCAACAACCUUCUUCAAGUCAUCCCUCGCAGCGGCAACAGUUCCACUGUUGAUAAACUUUUGAUUGAGGGGGGUCUAAUUGCUCUAAAUGAGACUGACAGAUCGGCCCUGGCUAGUUAUCCCGCACUGGAAGAGCUCCACCUGCUUGGUAACAGAGUGACCAGUAUACCAGCAAAGUACUUCUCUGUGGUACCACACCUCAAAGUGCUGUCACUGUCUGGGAACAAGAUCAGCAGCCUGGACGCUGAUUGUUUUUCUGGUCUAGAUGUCCUGACGGAGCUGGACCUGUCCAACAACCUGCUGACAAGUCUCCAUUCACAGCUAUUCAGAGGGCUCAAUAAUCUGCAGGUGUUGAGCCUACAGGGAAACCCCUGGAACUGCUCCUGCCCGCUUCUGAGCACCAUUCAAGAGGUCAAAACAGCUGGAGUUUCUAUUGGGUACAAUGGGGGAGCACAAGUCCUCUGUGCUGCUCCAGGAAAGCAGCUGGAAUGGAUUUAUUAGAGGCUAUAGCUGCGUGUUAUCCAUCACCAACAACCACCUUCACCACUGACCCUCAAAAACCACCUACACCGGCCAGUCUGAAGAAGUCUUGGGGCUCAUCCACUAUGCUGAAGAA